AUGUUCCACGAGCCCGGCGCCGCUCCCAACGUGGGAUGGGCCUUCAUGUUCAGUUUGACUGCCAUCCUGGGAGCUUGGGGCGGAGGGACUCUGGGUCAAUCGGAUUGGACUCGGUAUGCCACGAAGCAAAUGGCACCGGUCCCCUCGCAGCUCAUAGCUUCACCAUUGACCAUUACUGUUACUGCUGUCAUUGGCAUCGUCGUGACCAGCGCGGCACGAGACAUUCUCGGUGGCGAGGUCAUCUGGAACCCGAUUUACCUACUUGCCGCCAUGCAGGAAUACUACGGCUCCAACUCUGGUGUCCGCGCUGGCGUCUUCUUUGGUGGAUUGGGUCUCGUUGCUUCCCAACUUGCUAUUUCCGUCGUGCUCAACGCCAUGUCCUGUGGCAUGGACAUGGCAGGUCUUUGGCCGCAGUACAUCAACAUUCGACGCGGAGCCGCCGUCAUGGCUGUAAUUGGCAUUGCAAUCCAGCCAUGGCAACUUCUCGCCACUGCUGCCAAAUUUCUUCAGGUCCUUAGCGGUUUUGGCGUCUUUUUGGCCCCCUUGACCGGCAUCAUGCUUGCAGACUACCAUAUUGUCAGGCAGCGCAAGCUCAAGAUCAACGAUCUGUAUCGCGGAGACAGUUCCUCCAUCUACUGGUACCGUGGCGGGUUGAAUUGGCGUGCACCGGUCGCCUUCUUCAUGGGCGCGUGGCCUAUGCUUCCUGGUCUGGUCGCCUCUGUUGACGCCUUCACAGAUCCUAGCUGGGUGGGUUGGAUCCGACUCUACAAUCUCACCUUCAUAGUCGGUCUAGCUAUCGGCUUUGUUGUGUUCCUGGGGCUGAACCUCGCAUUCCCUCCCCCUGGGCUGGGAGAGGAGGCAGAGUUUGAGCCCAUCAAUGACAGCAGGCCGGUGUCGUUCGACGGCCCAAGUCAUGCGCAAUUUGACGGCCACCAUGGACAGCAAGAGAAGACGGCACCAGUUUAUAUUGUGUAG